UUUGCACUUCCUUUGUUAUAUGCAACUUUAUACAUCUGAAUCAAAAUCCAGCUCUUAAAAUAAAUAUUAUUGAAAUUCCUGCUAUUAUCAAAACCUGUUUAAUGUUUUCAAGAUAUGAAUAAAAUUCGUUAUAACCAGUCGCCUAUGCAUGCCAGUCAGAUGUCGUUGACCAUAGGAGGACUAAUUUUCAGUUUUCUUCUGGUUGGCUCUAUGAGCCAACAAGUGACCACCCCAGAUGGGCCCAUUCAAGGAGUUUCUGAAACCACAGUAAGUGGCAAAAAAUAUUCUGCCUUUUAUUCAAUACGAUAUGGAAAACCCCCAACUGGCUCCAGAAGAUUUUUGGCUGCAGAACCGGUGGAUUCUUGGACAGAAACAUACGACGCUGCAACCGAAAAGUCCAACAUUUGCUUCCAGUUGUACAAUGAUGACGACCAGCAAACUGAAGAUUGUCUUUUUUUAAGUGUUUUCACUCCACAAACUUCCACAUCAUCGAAUAUCACUUAUCCAGUUUUUUUCAAUAUUCAUGGAGGUGGUUUUUACGGCGGCUCUGGAACACUUGCAAGUGGAAUCUCGCCCAAAUAUCUGCUAGAGGAAGAUGUAAUUGUAGUCAUUUUUAACUAUCGUCUUACAGCACUUGGCUUUCUAUCAACUGGAAAUGAAGUAAUUCCUGGAAAUGCGGGCCUUACAGACCAAGUUCUUGCAUUAAAAUGGAUCCAGAGAAACAUUGCCGCAUUCGGUGGAGAUCCACAGCGCGUUACAAUCGCUGGACAGUCUGCAGGCGCUAAAUCUGUGGGCUAUUUGAUUCUAAGUCCACUUGCAACUGGAUUAUUUUCUGCUGGCAUUAUGGAGUCUGGGACUGUUCUCUCGCCUGGAGGAUUUCAGAGAAACCACACAAACAUCGCUUUUAAACUGGGCAGUUUUGUAGAUGCACAAUUCAAUUCCUCCAGGGAUUCCAAGAAGCUUUUGGAAGUUUUACAGGAUGUUGAUGCGAAAACUGUUAAUGCUGCUGGAACGUCUUUUGCCAACUGGGCUGCCCAACAGACAACUCGAUAUGAAAGAGAUCAGGGUACACAAGGCUACUAUUUUACUCCGGCAAUUGACUCCGCAAGCUCUAAUCCAGUUUUGCCAGAACUUCAAUACGAAGCAUUAAUCAAUGGAAAUUUCAACAAAGUGCCCAUUUUUGUGGGCGUUACUUCAGAGGAAGGACUCAUGGACGCACCAUAUAACGACGUAACUCAUCUUAAGGCCUUUCAUGAUGUGCAUUCGCUUUUAAACCCACAAGACAUGAACAUUUCUGGUGAAGACGAUUGGGCUGAAGUAGGAGAUCUGAUCUACAAUAUUUAUUCCCCCAAUGGAUCCCUUGUUGAUAAUCCCUUAGGAAUCAUCCAGUACUAUACGGACCAAGAGUAUGCAAGAGGUUCUAUAAAGCACGCUGAGCUCCAGUCGGUUUUCACCGAUGUUUUCUACUACCAAUUUUCCUAUACUGGAAAAUUGGGGGGUGGCAAUCAAGGAUAUCCAGGUUCAGGAAAUGUGUCCCAUGUUGGAGAAGGCAGCUACAUCUACUUCGGUAAAUCUCUGGCCGAUUAUCCGGAAACAGACCAGCUGAUCAGCAAACGACUGGUGAAAAUUUGGACCAACUUUGUUAAAUACCACAAUCCUACGCCUGAAAAGGACGAGCUGCUUCAAAACAUCACCUGGCCUAAAGUGGCAUCCGAGGAAUUUCAGUUUGUUAAUAUUGGAAACUACGAGGAAACCGAUUUGAUUGUAACAGCUGGAAGACCAAAGGCUCCUAAAAUGGCCUUUUGGGAUACAGUAUACGAAGAGUAUGGAAAGCGACCGUUCGAUACAUACUAAAAAUAUAUUACAAGAUAUGAGCCAUCUUGUAUUCUGUUGAAUUGAAAUAUUUUGUAUUUUUUCAGUUAUAUAUUUUAUUUUAUUUAGCUAUAAAUGAUUCUCUUCGAA